AUGAAGAAUCGCAACGAAUAUAUAGAAACAUUAUUUGGUAUAUCAUCUUUAACAACAAUAGAAGAACUUUAUGAAAAAUUAAAUAAAUUUGUUGGUGCAUUUAUUGAACCAAUUUAUUCAUCUUAUGGAAAUGAUGAUGCAAAGCGUGUAGGUAUAGAUAUGAAAAAUCAUGUAUGUGUCUGCUGUCAAUGUAUAAAUGUUCGUACUCGUCCAUCAGAAAACUACAAGCAUUCACUUUUUAAUCAAAAUUGCAAUGCGUCUUUAUAUACAAAUGAUGAAUUGUUUCGUGAUCUGUUUCUAUGGUCUAUUUUCAUGAAUAUGCCUGAAAUGGGCAAAAUAUUUCUUCUUCAUUUACAACCUCGUAUUUGUGCAGCUUUAAUAGCUUCAGCUAUAUUUAAAAGAUAUGCGACAGGAUCAAUAAAUCUUAAUUAUAAGGGAAAAUUUCAAAAUCAAGCACUUGAAUUCGAAACAUAUGCAGCCGUAUUCACUAAUAAAUGUUAUGAAUAUAAUCAGAACCUAGCUUGUGAAUUACUAUUACGACAAAUACUACUCUUUGGCAAUAUUACAUGCAUGCAGGUUACUGAUCUUGAAUAG